GAAUCAAUGCGUGUUUAGUGUGCUGCCCUGGUCCCCGGCAGUACAGAAUUUGUCACUCGCGAGAUGCGGUCACACUGCUUGCGGCAAACGAAAAACAUUCGACGCGCCUCAAUUGUUAAUCAUUUGCCCGAAAAUGCAUUUCAACUGCAAAAAACUUACGUGAAUAACUGAAAGGGAAAAAAUAUUUUCGAAACGUACGAUGUGAAAAUGUGUUAUGUGAAACUUAGCAGUUAAGCGCGGAUUGUAUGUAUUAUUUAAAUUUUUGUUUCAAUAUUUUCUACAAAAUAAUUAAAAAGAACUGAAAAAAAAUCGAAAAAAACAAGAAAAAGUGUUUGACACAGUGCAUAUUAAAACGAAAACAAAAACAAAGCGUAACGAAACGAGAAGGACCACAAAAAGAAAGAGAGCGAAAGAGGAAUUGGCGAGGCGGGAGCGAGAGAGAAAAAUGUCAACGUUCUUGAACAAUUUCUUCCCGGCAGAUACGGCUGCUAUGGAUCCAAUUUUCUUCUCGCCAACGAAUGGUAUACCGUCAGAGAGUAAACUCGCCACUUAUAUGAAUCGACAGAAUGUCGCCACACCGAGCGGUUAUGGGCUGAAUAACGGGUUCUCACUACUUAAUUUGGAUUCGCCCCUAAAUAAAAAGUCCCAGGUCACGCCGCAGUCGCCCGAGUUCAUUCCAACGCGCAUUGGCUCGACACCCAACUUCUACGCACCAUAUCACAACGCGCCCUUGCAAUUGAGUAAUGGGCUCAACGGCGUCAAUGGGUUAACAGCCGCCGCAGCAGCAGCAGCAGCAGCCGCAGUUCCCUCCUCCACGUCAUCGGCGUCCUCCGCCUCGGUGACCAUCAGCAAAACGGCCAACGGCGGCGCCUCCAUGCUCGCCCUGCAAAAGACCGCAUCCAUCGCCACUGUUAGCAUCGCACAACAGCAGCCACAGCAUCCACAGAAACAGCAACAGCAUCCGCCGUCGGUGGGCGGAGGAGCUGUGUCCGCCGCCUCCGCCCCCAUUGCCAUUAGUGGCGCACCACCGAAUCCCGCCGCAGCUCCGUUCGUUAGCAGCAUGUCCGCUCAGACGCCGCUCAAGGGAAGGGGCGCCAUGAUGCGCCAGGAAUCACCGACGGCAGCCAUGAUUUCGGGCGCAGGACCCGGUGAGAAGUCGCCACCGCACGGGAUGACGCCACACGGAGCAUCGCCCAUACCAUCAGCGCUGCCCACCAGCGUUCACCAGGAGAACGUUGGCGGCACCAUAUACUUUUAUCCGACUGCCAACGCACAGAACAGCCAGCCCGUCGUCAAUUCCAUGGUGGUGGACGGAACGCAUCCGGCCCUACACGGCGUAAGUGCUGUGGCACCGAUGAGUGCGGGGGUUCCGGCGGCCAUGAUGUACACGGGACAUGUGUAUCCGGGACCGUCCUCCAACGUGGUCACCAUGCAGCCAAAGACGCUGCUGGAGUCGGCCUUUUUUAUGCCCGACGAGAUGCGCACCGAAGUCCUUGCCCGCAACGAGAUCUCUAACCUGAUCAUGGACGCAGCGGAGGCUGCGCAGCACGCCCUGCCGCUGGAGGUGGAGAACUACCAUGCGUUGUAUCCCCUGGAACCGCCGGCGCAGCCGAUGCACGCCAAGCUCACGUUCCCCGCCAGCACCUAUAGGGCCACGCACAACACGACGGGCUACAAGUACUGCCUGCGAAGGAUACAUGGCUUCCGCCUGCAGUCAACCAAGUGCAUGACGCUGGUGGAGAUGUGGAAGAAGCUGCAGCACACGAAUGUGGUACAACUGCGUGAGGUGUUCACGACGAAAGCAUUUGGUGAUAACUCUUUAGUAUUAGUGUACGACUACCAUCCCGGCUCACAAACAUUACUGGCCAAAUACUUCACUCCGGCUCCAGAGACCAACGGGUACACUGAUCCAUUCCAAGGCGAGGCCCGCCCCUUCAGUCAUAAGAGUAACAUGCAGCGGACGAGCAAUGGACCCCUGCUACCGGAGGCCACCAUCUGGUCGAUCAUCAUGCAGCUGACCGCCGGCCUAAAAGCCAUCCACCAUGCCGGUCUUGCAUGCAAAGUUCUUGAUCCCACAAAGAUCAUAGUGACGGGCAAGCGUGUACGGUUCAGCUCAUGCUGCAUCUCGGAUAUAACGCAAUUCGAUCCGAAUGCAGCCAAUCCUUUGGCCCUGGUUAAUAUGCAUCAGCAGGACGAUCUGACCGCUCUGGGUCGCUUAGUAUUAGCUUUGGCCUGCCGCUGCCUUCAAUCCGUGCAACGCGACAACGUCCAGUCGAGCAUCGAUAUGGUCACGCGAAACUACUCCACCGAUCUUCGUAACUUCAUUGUUUACCUCUUCACCACCAAUAACCGUCGCUCGGUAACCGACCUGAUGCCAAUGAUUGGUGCCCGCUUCUAUACGCAACUGGAUGCCCUGCAGAGCAAAAUUGAUAUGCAGGAGGACGAGUUGGCCAAGGAGAUGGAGAACGGCCGAUUAUAUCGCAUAUUGGUCAAACUAAACAGCAUCAACGAGCGACCCGACUUUAAUCUGGACUGCACUUGGUCCGAGACUGGUGAUAGAUACAUGUUGAAAUUAUUCCGUGAUUAUUUGUUCCAUUCCGUCACUGAGGAUGGCCGGCCCUGGCUAGAUCACGCACACAUUGUACAAUGCCUCAACAAGCUGGAUGCUGGCUCCAUAGAGCGCGUGCAACUGAUGUCCCGCGACGAGCAAUCGGUACUCAUCGUCUCCUAUGCUGAACUCAAGAAUUGUCUGGAGAACGCCUUCUCCGAACUGAUGUCAAGCGCGGCCAACUGAGCAACUCGAGGGAAAAUAAACAACAAACAAACAGAAAAACACGCGCAGCUCACUUAGCCACCCUCCGCACGACCACAAAACGACUACGAUUUAACGGAUUAGCUACUAAGUGAAACAUUCAUUACGACUAAGACAUUUUGAGAACCAUAAACAAGUAAAAUACGAAGAUGUUUAUUGUUAAGCCAAACAGAAAAAGAAACGUAAAACAAAAAAAAAAAAAAAAAAAAAUGAAAACCGAUAUCCAAUGUUAUGUUAGCUUUUAACUAAAUUUUAGGCAUUUAAAACAAUACAAAAGGAAACAACAACAAAAAUAAACCAACAACUUUUUGAAAACGAAAUCUCUCCAAAAGAAAAAGCAAAACACAAAAAAAUGCAAACAUUACAAAGAAAAAAAACAAGAAAAAACGAACUAAAAGCUAAAAAAAUUUGAAAAAUUUGUUAAAAAAUGCAAAAAAUACAUAAAAAAAGGAAAAAAGAAAUCACGCAAAACAGCCGAAAAAACAUGGAUCUAUUUUUACAGAGCUAAGAGAGGAUGAAAGUAUUUAUAAAUAUGUAUUAAAAAUCGAAAGAAAAAAAUUGUAAAAUUUUGCAACAAUAAAUAACUGUAAUGACAAACAAUUGCAACAGUGCAGCAAAUCGUUGAGCAACAACAAAAAAAGAAAAAUUCAAUGCAGAGUAGAUGGAUAGGAUUAUGAGAAACGUAGAGAAACUAAGAAAGUCAACAAGGAACCACAUCAAAUGUUUAAAAAGCAUGUCUGACAAUGAUCGCCUGCCUCUUCUCCCCAACAGUAAACAAAAAAAUAUAUGGAAAAGAAGUUACGAAGCCUAAAAGAAUUGGAUAGGAACGAAAAGCGAAAGGCGCAGACGAGCUAGAACGACAGCCGCGAACGUUUUUUAUUUUUCAAACUGUAUUUUUUAUAGCGAAAUAUUUUAAAAUGGAAAAAACACAAAUUUUCUAAAUACAAUUUAAAAUGUUUACAAAACCCAAAAAACGAAAUGAGAAGAAAUGAGAAACUAUGUAUUUGUAAAGAAAAUGUAAAUGUUGGUUCAUGGAACAUGCAAAGCGACGCACAGCGCGACUCUAGAAAGUAGCUCAACGAGAUACUCAAAUCUUAAUGAAAACUAAAACUGAAAACUCUAAAAAAAACUGAAACUGAAACCGAUACCGAAAUCGCAACUAAAAUCGAAAAGAAAUUGUCUAGGCCAAUAGCGUGAUAUGUACAUACAUCCAUUUUGAAAGAGUCUGCGACACGCAAUAUCUACAUUCGAACCAUUUGUGUUGGUCCAUAUUAAGAUACGCUCUCACAUGCCGAUCAAUGAUCCAAGUGCAUAUAUGUGUAUUGCCACGCACGCGCUGAACAUCCGAGUACAAUAUUUUGCUAAUGAAAGUCUGUCUCUAGUUGUAAAACUCCUCCCCGCUAUAUUCCAAUCCAAUCCAGAAGUCGCGUUGCGCCUGCGCGGCCGCAUAUCUCCCAACCGAAGAUGGAAAGCCUAUCAAGAUCGAGUCGAGAC